GAGAUCUCGAGGAAAUAACGAGAGUCAGAGAAAGAGAGCAGCAGCGGAAACCACCCACCUUCACCUUCGAUUACCGUUUCUUUUCUGUUAUUUUAAUCUUCUAUCUGACGAUCGGGGUGAGAUUCCAGCUCCAUGAUUUCCGUGCUCUUGCUUUACCUUCUUCGCCGUAUAGUUGACGCUCCAGGUGAAAGCUGAGGGAUCGUCUCUGCGUUGCGUGGAUGCUGGGUUUAAGCUAGAGGCCUUGGGUGGAAGCUAAAAAAGAGGAAACAGCAUCUAUUCCAUGUUCAGUGUAUAAAUGUUUGCUGCCUUGUGCAUCUGACGAUUAUGGGGGACCUAUUAAUUGAAGGCAUGGUACAUCCUACUGUCUCAAAUUAUGCACAAAUUUAUCCCUCCAAUAAUGAGAGGAGUAUUAGUUUCGGUAGCUUCCUUCAACCUUCAAUGGGUGAAUGCGCGAUGGGAGGAGACCUGGUUUGCACACCAUCUGAAAAAUUUGCCGAGGCUGGUGAUGUAGAGACUGAUGAGGAUAUUGACAUAGAAGAACUUGAGAGGCGUAUGUGGAGGGACCAUACUCUGUUGAAGCGGUUAAAGGAGCAGCAACAGAGCAAAAACAAGGAUUUGAGUGACCCGGCUAAGCAAAGUCAAUCCCAAGAACAAGCUUGCCGGAAGAAGAUGUCGCGGGCACAGGAUGGAAUCCUCAAGUACAUGCUGAAAAUGAUGGAGGAUUGCAAAGCUCAAGGCUUUGUCUAUGGUAUUAUUCCUGAAAAAGGCAAGCCUGUGACUGGUGCUUCUGAUAAUCUGAGGGGAUGGUGGAAAGAAAAGGUCAGGUUUGAUCGGAAUGGGCCGACUGCCAUAGAUAAGUAUCGAGCUGAGAAUGCCGUCCCUGGGUCUGGUGAUGGUUUCAACUCAGGAACUGCUAACUCUCAUUCCUUGCAGGAGCUUCAAGACACAACACUGGGUUCUCUUCUGUCAGCACUUAUGCAGCAUUGUGAUCCACCGCAGCGAAGGUUUCCUCUUGAAAAAGGAAUUCCACCGCCAUGGUGGCCUACCGGGAGAGAGGAGUGGUGGGCUCACCUAGGCAUCCCGAAUGAACAUGGACCACCCCCUUACAAGAAGCCACAUGACCUUAAGAAGGCUUGGAAGGUCAGCGUCUUGACGGCUGUAAUCAAGCAUAUGUCUCCCAACAUUGAGAAGAUCCGCAGGCUUGUUAGGCAGUCCAAAUGUUUGCAAGACAAGAUGACCGCCAGGGAGAGCGCAACGUGGCUUGCGGUUCUUAAGCAGGAAGAAGAGAUGUAUAUGAAGUUGCAUCCAGAUGCACGCCCACCCCCAUCCUUAGGAGGUGGUGUAGUGUUCUCCUUUAACAGCAACAGCAGUGAGUAUGAUGUCGAAGGUUUUGAAGAAGGCUAUAUUGAGAAUCUGGAUUAUAAGGUGGCUGUCGAGAGCAACACACUCAAACUAGAUGCUAGUUCAGGUAAUGGAAAUUUUGUCAAGUCUAGUCCAUUGAAGGAAGAAACUGACAUGGAGUUCAUUCAGAAGAGAACUUCUAUGGAGCCUGAACCGGAGAGGAAUCAGAGGACCUAUACUUGCCAAAAUGUGGUAUGCCCACAUAACGAUGUCAGUCAUGGAUUUCUUGAUAGGAAUGCCAGAAACAGUCACCAGUACUUCUGCAAUUAUCAGAACACUGCCAUUCCUCCUGGUAUGGGAAUGGUGAACAACCAGCUUCACUCGGCCGUGAACAAACCUUCAGUUUUUCCUUUGCCAUCAAAUACUCAGUCCAAUCCAUCUUCAAUUGGAUUAAAUCACAAUCCAAUUAACAUAUCCGACUUAGGCAUUCCUUCUGAUGGGCAAAAAUCAAUUGACGAGUUAAUGGACUUCUAUGAAAACAAUGUCAACAGUAGCAAGAAUCUCAACUUGGAAGGUUUAACCAUGUUUGAUGAGUCAAAUGAUCUUCAUGCUAGAAACCGGAUGGAGUACAACUUAUUUGUACACAGCCCAGGAAUCGGUGGCGACCUCUUCGAACAAUUUGACAGCUUGGUGGAGCAAUCACAGUAUGUGCAGGAAAGCAUGAUGCAGUUUCAGCAAAAACUUAGUGACCAGCCAAUCGAAGUGAGUGGGGUUACCAGACUCGAACCCAGCCUCAACAAGCCGAAAAUGGAUUACGCAAAUGCUGUGAACGGAGGUAUUGUGGAAACUUUGCAAAAGCAAGAUGGAUUCAAUUGGUUCUGAAGUCACAGAAGCUAGUUAGAUGAUGAUGAUGAUGAUGAGAUCAUCUCAGCUGAAGCAAAGUUUAAAUAACCUAUGAAUUUUCUUUAGGCGAUCUUGUUUUUAGUUGUAUCUUAUUUUUCCUUGUAUCCUGAACAUAAUAUUCCUAUGUAGAUUAUGCUGCCAAUGAGUUCUUAGAUGCUCGAUGGCGAAGCAUUGUAAGACUUCAUUAAUUAGGACAAUAAGUAAUGGCUUGUGUUGGCUGUGUA